AUGCGAAAUAUACGUCAUCCACGUCAUGCAAUCCCGUGGACUGGUGCAGCACACAAUGGCAGCGAAAUUCAUGAAUUAUUUGUGGCUACCGAUGAAUGGCAACCUGUCAAACCAGGUCAACAAAUUCCUUCGGGUUUACAUGUGCGUCUAGAUCUACAAACCGGCUCAAGAGAAGCAAAACUGUUAGAACGUGAUGAUAAUAAAGCACAACAAAGAUCCAAUAAUACACAAAAUGACCAAGAUCAGAAAAAAUUUAAUCAUAAAGAAAUCCGUGAAGCACUCUCCGGUAUCAAUUUCACAAGCGAUGAUGUUGUAAAAGAUGAAAAUCAUGAUGAUAUUAUUCGAAAAAAAUUUCGUCCGUAUGAAGAAUUGAAAAAAGAUUUUGAAGAAAUUAAUAUGCGUAUUCAAACUGAUCAAGAAAUUUUAGCUGAACUAAUUGAAAAAUUGAAAAAGAUGUCAAAUGACAAUGAUGAAGAGAAUGAACAUAAAAAAACAAUUUUAACAGAUUUGGAAUAUUAUUUACAUCAAUAUGAUAAUGCUUUAACAUUUUCUGAUUUGGGCGGAUUAACACUAGUACAUAAGUUGUUUAAUUCAACUAAUUCAGACAUUCGAGCUCUAACUUGUCUGGUGUUAGGUGCAGCAUGGCAAGGAAAUCCUAAAGUACAAAUUAAAGCUGUCGAACAAGGUUUUAUCCAAUCAUUAUUGCGUCUAUUAUCGAUAGAACCAAUUUUUACUGUUAAACUUCGUGUUAUAUAUGCAUUAUCAACGUUACUCCGUCAUUUUCCAUAUGCCCAAAUUAAAUUUGUUAAAUUUGGUGGUAUACAGUCUAUUAUCAAUGUUGUUACUCAAGAAACUAAUGAUAGUAAUAAAUUAAGAAUGAGAGCAAUUUCAUUAAUGAAUGAUUUAAUAACUGAAAAGGAUUUGAUAUUGAGUGAAAAAAAUGAUUCUCAACAACGAGAAAAAGUUGACCAAUAUAAUAAAAUAAAACUACGUGAACAGUUGAUAGCUCGUGGAUGGUGUAGUGUGAUUGGUAAUCAUCUUAAUUCAAAUGAACAUGAUAUUAUUGAAAAAACUCUAUUAUCAAUGAAAACAUUAAUUAGUUCAUGUAGAAAAGAUUUUAAAUCACAUUUGACACCAUUGAACAAAUUAAUGAUAAAAUAUACCGAUCUACAGAGAGAUGAUAUUGAUACGGAUGGCUAUUUUACGAAAAUUUUGGAUUUACUUCAAACAUUGACAGUUGAUUUAUAUUCAGAUGAAUUAUAA